AUGAUUCCGGGGUGCACAGUUUCUUGGAAAUCACUAAGGAGAUUGACAUUGUGGGAAUCUUCUCAAUCUCUUACUGACAUUCUCUCUGGCUGUCCAGUUCUUGAAACCUUGAUUUACUGUGGUGGUGGAGUUCAACGUCUUGAUCUGAGUAAGUCACCGAGUUUAAGAACAUUGAAAAUCAUUCGCCGGCAGUUUUCUGUUCCAGGGUCGAUGGAGAUUGUAGCGCCGCACAUCCGUUAUUUGCAUUUGACAAGCACUAAGGAACCAUGUGCUUUAGUUGAUGUUUCCUCUUUGAUCGAAGCUACCCUAGACAUUUACAGAUACGACAACGGACACAAUUCUUUGGAGGCUGAUGAUUGUCUGCCACUUCAAAACAUGGUGCUAAAGAUGCUAGCGAAAUUGCAAAACGUGAAGGAGCUUACUUUUGGGAGCACUUUUCUACAGGAUAGGGAUCUGGACAGAUAUUUGAAUUCACAAGGCUUGAAUCCGGAUCAAUGUUGGAAGUCAAAAUAUGAGGCAUUUCCUACCUCAAAUGAGAGUUUUAGAAACCGUUGUGUGACGUCAAAACUCGUGGCUUCGUUCAUAGAAAUGGUUUUGAAAAACGUAAAGACACUAGAGUCUAGAGACGCUGAUUGUAGCGUUGAAACAUAUCCGCCACUGUGGUAA